AUGUCCUCCACAAAUCCCGCAAACAUCAAAAUCUCAGGGGAUUUUCCGAGGCUUAGACCCGACACCGCGACUGGGAUGCAGCCAGGUCACAUGCUGGGGGCGCCCAUCAGCAUACCCAUUUUCCAGAGCGGUGGUUUCUCAGAAGAAGAUUUCUUGGCAGUUUGGAAACACAACACUCUCGUGGUUGUCAGGGGAAUCGAUCGAAGUCUUCAGGGCGCCUGGACUCCUGCUUUUCUCAUCAAUAAGUUUGGACGCGAGACUGUCAAACCCAUUCACUGUGGAACCGAUCUCGACGCUGAGGGCAAGUGGACUCUGGCAGACUUCUUAGCCACCUUUGAAGGCGGCGAAGGGGGAAACGCGCUCAAGCUGAAGGACUGGCCACCGCAAGAUUUAUUUCGGCAAAAGUUCCCGGAUUACUAUGACAGUUUCAUUCAAGCGAUUCCGAUUCCGACGAGAGAUGUUGCGGCUUUGGACGGGGUGAAAAAUCUCGCCGCUCACUUUGAUCGCCACGGCUGUCCGCCUGACCUUGGCCCUAAAAUGUACGUCGCGUACGGGAGCCCCGGUAGCCAGAACGGAACGACGAAACUGCACCUCGACUUCACCGACGCCGUCAACCUUAUGACCUAUUGCCCUGAUCCGAAGCAGGCUGGGGCCAUUUGGCACGCGUCUCCUCCCGAAAGCCAGCCUCACAUAAGACAGUACCUGCGCACAGUAUAUCCGACUCAAUAUGCGGAAAUGGACCCCAUUCAUUCACAGGACGUGUACCUCACAGAUGCGAUGUGGGAGGAUCUAAGAUCGCAGUGCAACGUCCAAUUCGUCCAGAACCGUCAGAAUGCGAUCAAAAUUGCCUGUGACUUCGUCUCGCUGCACAACCUCGACGUGACAGCUAGCAUGGUCCCCCAGCAGCGAGCGCAUCGCCUCAACAGUGCCCACGGCGAAGACUUGCUGCAGCUAAACACCCUCGUCUGGCAUGCAUGGCGGUCUCUGUCCACAUUUCCUGCAUCGGCGAUUACGACGGAGGAACGACCGUUUGGCGUUGGCAUGUGCUCCACUUUCCUGUCGCCCUCCAUUGGCUGA